AGGAAGAGGCGCUCUCUGCCUUUAACCCUAGUCAGCGGGGAGAAAAGAGGCUGCUGAAAGUCCUUGCGGGAAGAGAGACCUACCCACCAGGCUGCAGCUGUGCCACUAGCAAGCAGGAGUCGCGCUCGCGGAGGUUGCAAGGAAGCUGGAGCCCAAACUCUCCUGCAGACCUUUUCCCGAGAUUCUGAGCCCUGCUGGGCGGGGUGGGAAGCCUGAAACUUAGACUCGGAUUUUUCCCGGCCCAUUCCCAGCUCUGGCUCUUCCCCACUCCAGAUUCUGGAUAUCCAGGGACCAGGAUUCCACAUCCCCAAGAUGUCUAAAGGGAGCUGUUCUUGCCAUUCUGAUCCCAAAAACAAACACUGCUUUGGAGAUCUAGAGGAACCUUUGGAUUUUUUUGAAACAGCAUCUCUCCACAGAGAAAAAGCGGCAUCAUCCAACACGGAAGGAGAAGGAAGAGGCCCCAGUGUUGCCCUGAUUGGGACAGCUGGGAAAUGCAUGGGAAAAAACGGUCAGGACGGCCAGGAAAAAAAUAUCACCAGUUGGACUGUACAAAGUCCCUCCUUCAAGGAAUUCUGCUACCAGGAGUCUAAGGGACCCCGAGAACUUUGCAGCCAACUCCAUCAAAUUCAUCGUGAAUGGCUGAGACCAGAAAAAAACACAAAAGCUCAGAUGCUGGACCUGGUAGUCCUGGAGCAGUUCCUGGCCAUCCUGCCCCCAGAGAUGGAGAGCUGGGUCCGGGAGUGUGGAGCAGAGACUUGUUCUCAAGCUGUAGCCCUUGCAGAAGGCUUCCUCCUGAGCAGGGCAAAUGACAAAGAACAGGGACAACAGCAGGUUCAGGAGCCUUUCAUGGUGGCCACUGAACACUCUGAAGCAUGGGGGAAUCAGUCUUAUCCCUCUCAGGAGCUGACCUUUGGGGAGACCUCCCAAGAGGAUCCAACUCAGAACUUAUCAGUCUCAAAGAAUAAAACAACAUUGAUGACACCUGUGGGAACAUCUCUUUUUUGUGGUGUGCCAGAAACAGCGGUUGUGCUUCCAACUCAGAAUUCCCCGACCUUUGAUGAUGUAGCUGUGUUCUUUUCCGUGGAGGAGUGGAAUCUGCUGGAUUUCAACCAAAAAAUUCUGUACAAUGAAGUGAUGAUGGAAAAUGCUAGGAAUGUGGCCUCCAUAGCGGUUGGUUGGCCAGAGAAUGCAAAUUAUAAACAGGCAUCUGUGGAACAUUCACAAACAAUCAAAAAUGAAAUUGGAGAAGAGAUGUUUGAAAAUCCACAGGGACCAGAAAAGUCUGAAGAUAACCUGUUAAACAAGAGGAGGGAAGAAUCCUGUACUUCUCAGUGGGCAGAAAUCCAUUUCUUCCUUGCCCAGCAAGGACAUGAAGAAGAAAGAAAGUGUCUCACCUGUGGAAAAAUAUUCAGAGAAAAUUCAGAUUUAUGUGAAUACUGCAGAACUCAUAAUAAAGCAAAACAAUAUGAAUUUGGGGAACAUGAACAAAAUUACAAUUGGUCCCUCCCUCAUACCUUACAUCAAACUACCCAAAUUGGAGAAAAAACAUAUCCAUGCAUGGAGUGCGGGAAAAGCUUCAGCAAGAGCAGUAAUCUUAACGCCCAUAAAAGAAUCCACACAGGUGAGAAACUAUAUCAAUGUAUGGAGUGUGGAAAGAUGUUCAGGUGGAGCAGUGGUCUUACUUACCAUAAGAGGAUCCAUUCAGGAGAGAAACCAUAUAAAUGCACAGAGUGUGGAAAGAGCUUCAGUGGCUUGAGUUCCUUUACUUCCCAUAAAAGGAUGCAUUCUGGGGAAAAACCAUAUAAAUGCACAGAGUGUGGCAAGUGCUUCAGUGGCUUCAGUUCCUUUACUUCCCAUAAAAGGAUGCAUUCUGGGGAAAAACCAUAUAAAUGCCUGGAGUGUGGAAAGUGCUUCAGUGGCUUGAGUUCCUUUACUUCCCAUAAGCGGAUCCACUCAGGGGAGAAGCCAUAUAAAUGUAUGGAAUGUGGAAAGAGCUUCACUAUAAGUAGUCACCUUAUUUCCCAUAAAAGGAUCCACUCGGGGGAGAAACCAUAUCAAUGUAUGGAAUGUGGAAAGAGCUUCACUUUAAGCAGUCAUCUUACUUCACAUAAACGGAUCCACUCAGGGGAGAAACCAUAUAAAUGUAUUGACUGUGGAAGGAAGUUCAGGUGGAGCUGUCACCUUACUUCACAUAAGAGGAUGCACUCAGGAGAGAAACCAUAUACAUGCAUUGAGUGUGGAAAGAGCUUCAGUGACCUGAGUUCCUUUACUUCCCAUAAAAGGAUCCACUCAGGGGAGAAACCAUAUAAAUGUAUGGAAUGUGGGAAGAAUUUUAGGAGUACUACUAAUCUUACUGAACAUAAAAGGGUCCACUCAGGGGAAAAGCCAUAUAAAUGCACAGAAUGUGGAAAAAGCUUCAGAUGGAGCAGUUGCCUUACAUCCCAUAAAAGGAUCCACACAGGGGAGAAACCAUACAAAUGCAUGGAGUGUGGAAAGGACUUCCGGAAGAGCUGUUCUCUCACUACUCAUAAAAGAAUCCAUACAGGGGAGAAACCAUAUAAAUGCAUGGAGUGUGGAAAGAGUUUCAGUAUGAGUAGUAGCCUUACUUCCCAUAAAAGAAUUCACACAGGUGAAAAACCAUAUAAAUGCAUGGAGUGUGGAAAGACCUUCCGCAAGAGUGAUAAUCUUACUUCCCAUAAAAGGGUACACAUGAGAUAUAAACCAUGUUAAUGUGUGGAUGGUGGAUAGAACUUCGGCCACACCAGUCAUGUUGUCUUUGAUAAUAGGUUUUACACUGGGGAGAAAUUGUAUAAAUGCAUGGAGUGUGGAAAGAGCUUCAAAAUGUGGAAAGAUCUUCUCAUAAAUUGAUCUACACAGAAUGAAUCUUAGAAAUGUACGUUAUAUGGAAACAGAUUCAAUUAUUUCUGCUAUCUUACUUCCUAUAGAAGAUUCCAUACAUGGGAUAAGCCACAUAAAUGAUUGAAUUCUGAAAUAAUUUCAGGGACUCCAGUUCUGAGGUAAUGAGUGGCAGGCACAAAUGUGAUGUGAUUGGAUGAUGGAUAGAAAAAAAAUUGUCUGGUAUGAAGGAGGGAAGGAAAAAGUGAAGAUAAGAAAGAAUGUUGAUAGAGAGGAUCAAGGAAAUUACCAGAAAGUCCUUGGAGAAGGUAUAUUUUAUUAGUAGAGACAAGAAGACACCAAGCAUUUGCCCAUACUUUAUGCAGAGUGUUUCCUAACCAACUGUACAAAACAAAUGUCUUUGUAUGCUAUGGGAUGCAUCAACAACACCAACUUUUUUUUAUUGUGUACCCUAAUUACCAGAUGAGAAAAUGAGUGAAGGUCCCAAGUAAUUUCUUGUGGACUGAGUUAAUGGGGUAUUGCAGAAUUUGGUAGGAGGUACAGCUGACAGCAGAUAUAGCUCUGUGAAUGGCUUAUAACAUUAGUCCAAUGUUUCUGAGCAACUUUAAGAUGUGUGGACUUCAAAUACCAAAUUCCCCAGCCAGCACUGCAUUAGCCAACCCUUCAUCAUAACCCUAACUUUGGGUUAUGAUGAACUUAGAGGAGUUUGGCUUAUCUGUGUUGAUAUAUUUGUCUGACAAUAUUUAAAACUCCUUCCUAUAAGGUCUAAAUAGGGCUCGUUCUUUUUUCCCUUCCCUGUCCAAUUACCUUGUUUCUUGCCCCAUCUGUUGUUUUCAUUCCUCCUUUUCUUCUCUUUUCUUCCCAGCAGUUUUUCAUUCCUCCAUCUUCCAUUUUUUCCAUUUGUUGUUUCUGCUGGGAGAAUGGAAUUGUGUGUGCU